AUGUAUAAUUCAAGAAAGGGGUCUAAGACGUCUCGCUUGAGGGGGAUCGAUGAGUUUCUAUCCAUCGAGAGUCAGCCUGCCGAACAGGAAGAGGAACAAGGAGCUGAGCCUGUUCCAGUGGAAGAACAACGAGCGGCUGAUCCUCCCAUGACAAGAGCAGCUGGGAAAAGAAAACUUUCUGCUGAUGAAGUUGGCCAGUAUGAUAAGCAGAUUCGACGAAAACUUCUGGUGGAUUCUCCUCCCAAAGACCAGCCAAAAUCCAAGUUGAUGGCUGAGGCCAUCAAAGCUGCUAUAAAUGAAGAACAACAGGAAUCGUCCGUGGCGGGCCUGCCGCAUAGAGCUGGCCUUCGUUCUCACGGCCCAGCUUUAUCGGGCGAAGCCUCUUCUUACCAUCCUCCUGAGGAUCAAGAGGAUGAAUUAUUGGAGGCGGACGCAGAAUCUGCACCAGUGAUGGACCUUCCCAGGUCUCCUUCCUUAGAACCAGGGGGUCUUGAAGAGAAUCCAUUGACUAUGACGACUCCCCAGCUGGUGAUGCAGUUGACAGAGAUAGAGGUGAUGAGGACGCUGAUGUUGGCAAUAUGUUCACCCACUCUCGGGACUACUUCAGCUGCUUCUUUAGAGCAAGAACCUGCGCAAGUGUUGGCUCCUUUAGAAGAGCAACAUUUACCUGCUGAUGAAGAUAGAGGUGAUGAGGACGCCGAUGUUGGUAACAUGUCAGGUGAAGGUUCACCCACUCUCGGGACUACUUCCGCUGCUCCUUUAGAGCAAGAACCUGCGCAAGUGUCGGCUCCUUUAGAAGAGCAACAUUUACCUGGUUCUCCUACGGCGACUGUUCCGCCUGUAGCGUUGCCUGAAACCACUGCCGCUACUCCUCCUCCGGAACAACAGCUCGUGCAGGUAUCAGCCCCUACGCAAGAGCAACCCCUGCCUGACUCUUCUGUAGUAGCUGCUUCACCAAAAGCGGUGAUGAAGAUCUCACUCACCCCAACGGAGGCUGGGCCUAGCUCUUCUCAAGCGAAAGCAUUGAUGGCUUUGACCUCAAGCCCUUCGCAAUUGAACAUUUCAAUCGCCUCUGCAGCUUCAGCACCUGGAUCGCCUGCUAGUCAUCAUCUUAACGCCUCCAUCUCAGCUGCUGAAGGGGUAUCUUCAGGUGCAAUUGUCAGUCUCGCUAAUGCACCUAAAUUCCUUCAAAUCUCCUUGGUGUAUCUAAACAGUCUUGCGAAGACGGUAGUUGAGUCCCUGAUGAAUGGCCAAGGAACUUUGAACUCCUUUCGACCUCUGCUGGAAGCAGGCUUAAACGGGGUCAGGAGUGUGGGCGAAACUCAAUGGUUCGAACGCUGCUCAGAGAUUAUCCUUCGUUUGGAGGAGAAAUUACAACGCUUCGAGACCAUGGGCCAUAGUGACCUUCAGCCGCAAAUUAUGUCCACUUUGGCUAGUCUUCAGGUCGCUGAAGUGAUACACCGAGAGGCGCUAGAACGGGACUUAGCUGAAAAAGAGCGUCAGAUUGCAGAGCUUCGUGAGCGUAACACUCGGAAGCGAGAAGAACUAGAACGCUCAACUGCUUCUAUGAAUUCGCUUCGGGACAGACUGGUUGAAGCUGAAGCCGAAGUCCUGCGAUUGAAAGCUGAACUCUCCCGCGAAGAAGGCAUUGUCAACAUCCUUAGUACCCAGAAUGCAGCUAGUACUUUGGAGUAUCAUGCACAAGCUCAGGCUCUGGAAGACGUCAGAAAGGAAAUGGCGGCCAUCAUCAUACCCAGCGAGGAUGAACUCCGAGCAAAGGCUGAAGCUAUGGUGCGAGCUAACCACGAGGCGGAGCUAGCUGAACUCAAGGCUCAACUCAUCUCUUUUGAUUUAAUGCAUGAGUGA